CGAAACUGCCGUCCCUCUGUCCCAACAUUUUUUUUUUACCCAGUGAGAGAGAAUAGAAGAACAGGUCGUCCAUCGUCCGUCUCUUGUUUACAUUGCCAACCGUCGCACCGUAUCACACCACCCACCAUCACAUUACACAGACCAAACACAAUGGCUUCGACCAACUACAAGGAGGCCUUUUCCCUCUUCGACAAGCGCGGCAACGGCCGUGUUGCUAUCGACAGUUUGGGCGACCUGCUCCGCGCCUGCGGCCAGAACCCCACCCUCACUGAGAUUCGCGACCUCGAGAAGAACGUUGGAGGCGACUUCGACUUUGAGACGUUCCAGCGCAUCCUCAACCGCCCCGGCGGCUUCCGUGACCCCGGCGAGCCCGAGGAGUACUGCCGCGGCUUCCAGGUCUUUGAUAAGGACAUGACGGGCUUCAUCGGCGUCGGCCAGCUCAAGUACAUCCUGACCAACCUCGGCGAGAAGAUGACGGACGAGGAGGUCGACGAGCUUCUCAAGGCCGUCGACACAAGUUCUGGCCAGGUCAACUACACCGAGCUUGUCCGCACCAUUCUCGCCAACUAGAUUUGCCAUCUCGGCCGACAAUCUUGACACGAGACACGAUUCUGAGGGCUAGGAUUCGAGCGAGCGUUGUACGACCAUUCAAGACGGCGAUGGAGUGACGGGACGGACGGGCAGGCUUGCCGACAAAAGAACAAGACAUUUUGCAUGGCUGGCACGAUGGGAACGGCGUUUGCUUUGCGUUUGCGAUUGCGUUGUUCCGCUAUUGUAGGGAAUUUGGGUAUCCUGGAGUUGAGCUCUUCAUCAGAGGCUUUUCUCUGGAUCAUACACACACACGAAGAUACACACACGUGUGCCGAGUCCGAAACAAGACCCGACACCAAACGAAAUAAACAACAU